GGUUAUAUCAAACGCGCAGAUCUGGCUAAAGAGGGCACUGCGAUCAAAGCAGAAAAAGAAAAAGGUAUUGAAGAGCUACGAAAACAACGCGAUGAAUUGGUACCGAAACGAGAUGAAGCAGACGCAAAACGGAAGGAAAUUGAAACGCGAGAAACUGAAGCAAAAAAUAAACAUGAGAAGGCAUGGCAAGGUUGGCUUGAAUGA